AUGUCCCCAUAUCUAGGCAUUCCAAGUCGUGUAUUUCUCGCAACCCGCAUUCAUAACCGUGACUCUGUAAGCUCUGCCGCCCCAUCUCAAAAGAAGCCAGGUAUCGUAUCCCGCUCCGGCCUCUUGGGCGACCGCGUCUCCCGCUCACCCGUCCUCCUGACCAUCUGCUCCCUCGACUUCUCCCGCCUCACCCGCCUCUGCCUGACGCCAAAAGGAUCAUCAUCGUCAUCGCCAUCGCCAUCGCCAUCGCCAUCAUCCACCGCCCCAGCAAAAGACGACGCCUCGCCAUCCCCCCUGCCCCCAACCUCCUCCGGCAGACGAGCAGAAACGACAGCCUGUCGCGGCCGCACCGCCGCGCCCAACCCGACGCCCGUCAAGCGCGCACCCUGCCCGCGCGGCGUCUCCAUCAAGCCCUGCAGGCUGCUUCCCCCCCGGGUCCCCUCGCCGCGCACCAGCCCUCGCCGCGCCGCCGUCCGCGCAGCACGCCCCCUUCGCCUCGUGGCCGUCGCCGUCGCCGGCCCAGGCACCACCGGCCGCUCCAUCUCCCGGAUCGCCGCGGCGUUCUGCGCUUGA